AUGAACUCUCCUCCUACCACUUCAUCGUCACAACUUCUUUCUACACCUGAUGCGCGACCAAAGCGAGCGGCAGUUAGUGAGGAGCCCGGGAAGAAGCCUAAGAAGCCGAACAGCGAGAUACGAAAGCAACAGAACAGGAUAGCUUCACGUAACUAUCGAGAGAAGCGUAAACGAAAGCUCCAAUACCUCCAGCAGUUGAUCAGGGACGACUCAGAGGGCCGUCAGGAGUCAGAACCUUCGCCUGAGCAGCACGAAGUGUACCCGCGCUCUCUGUCCGCAGACUACGACAUUACAGGCGCGAGUUCAUCACCAUACCAGAUGCCGUCAAGCCGUGUCUUCGGCGCAAGCAGCGCAGUUGCAAACGAAGCCAUCCUGGCAGCUACCGUCGCAUCCCUUGAUCCUCAUCACCUCGCAGUCGACCAGGCGUAUCCUUCUUACCCACCUCAUUGGAAUACGCACAUCUACUCUCCGUCUCCACCAGCAAGCAUACCUUGGAACAUGCCGCCAGCAUGGAUGUCGAGUUUAGACUACUCUGCACAGGCAGCUACGACCACUCGCCCCUCUAUGUACCGAUACCACACCCAUCCAUCACAGCCAUCGUUUCAGCACCCGCAUACGCCAUCACCGUCAAACUUCCAACGCGAUUUCCUGCCGAACACAGAUGUCUAUGGCUAUGGCGCAAACUACGCAUCACACAGCCAGGCGCCUGGCAACCCCAACGUGAGUCUGCCUACCUCGUACUCGUACUCGCCGUAUCACCAGGGCCGGCGGACUGCUCCACAUUGA